AUGACUCCCUUAGCCAUAUACACAGAAAAGGUAAUGCAGAUGUUCAAAGGAUGUAAGCAAGAGGAUAUGCCGCCUCACGUCUACGCCAUAGCACAGACAGCAUACAGACAGAUGUUGUCAUCCAGAAUGGACCGUUCCAUUGUUUUGAUGGGUAGGAGCGGCAGCGGCAAAACCAUGAAUGUCAGACAUGUUCUGAACUACCUGGUGAACAUUGCUGGCACAGUCAACAACAAAGUGACCGCUGACAAAAUAAAUGCAGUUCAUGUGUUGAUGCAGGCGUUUGGGAGCAGUAAGACAAUUCAGAGUCAGCAUUCUACAAGGUGUACGCAGUUGUUUUCAUUGGACUUUGACCACGCGGGACAAAUAGCGGCAGCAUCCCUUCAGGUGCUAUUACUAGACAGAAUGAGAGUUGUACGAAGAGCAGCUGGAGAACCAAAUUUUAACAUAUUUUACAAUUUACUGGCUGGUGCUGACCUGCCUCUCAGGAAUGAACUUCAUUUUAAUAAUUUAUCUGACAACAAUCUUUUUUUGACUCCUUCCCUUUCCCCUGAAUCCAAACAGCAGCAUUUAUCAGAAUGGUCGCACGUUUUAAGCGCAUGUAAACUAUUAGGAUUUCGUGAUGACGAAUGCAAAGCAUUGUGGGCAGUGUUAGCUGCUAUCAUACAUCUUGGAGCUGCUGGAGCUGUCAAAGGCGGUGGCAGCACUAAAGCUCAGUUUGCGCAACCCUCUGAAGCUCAGAAAGCGUCGACUCUGCUAGGCACCACGGUUGAAGAACUUGCCCGGGCAAUCUUUCAUCCAUCCAGUCUGACAAGUUCAGCUGUUCGAGCUUUUCGUUCUGGGUCACCUGGCGAGAAGACUACUGGGGAACAUGCAUUGAGUGCUGUGGAGGCACUACAAGGAAUGGUAAUGGGACUGUAUAUGGAGCUUGUUGGUGCUGUCGUUGGACUCAUAAACAGGGCUUUUUCAAGUAACUAUCGAAUUAUGUCUUCUAUACUGGUACUCGACAUGCCAGGGUUUCAGAAUCCGGCAGCCUUGGGAAGACAAGGAGGGGCCAGUUUCCAGGAUUUAUGCGAUAACUAUGCACAGGAAAGGCUACAACUUCUUUUUCACGACACCAUGUUUACUUCGCAACAAGACAAAUAUGCUCAGGAGAAUAUAGAUUGUGAUUUUGAGACUGUUGCGUCAUCACCUGCACCUAUGGUGUGCAUAAUAGACAAAGUGCCUCAACAAGCAAUAGUCAGGCCCAAUAUAGACUCAAAGAAUGUUGAAAAGAAAGGUCUGCUGUGGCUGCUAGAUGAAGAGUCGAUAUUUCCUGGUGCCAAUGAUGAAAGCUUUAUUGAAAGAUUCUUCAUACAUUAUGGAAGUGAUACAGAUAAACCUGAUAGUCUUGUUCGAAGAAGUCCCAACAAAAACUGCUUCCGUCUGAAUCAUUUCCAAAAUAGCAUACCCAUUGAAUAUGACACCACUGGUUGGCUGGGUCAGUCGCGAGAGAAUCCAGUCAGCAGAGUGUCAGCUACUGUCUUACAAGACUCAUCCAAGAGUAAUAUCAGUAGUCUAUUUUUAAGUAUGCGAGGUUCGUUGACCAGCAUGAUGACUGGAUCUGUGGUCGGUAUGGACGGCAGUUCCUCUCUUAGAAGAGCAUCUAGUCUAAGAAGAUCGUAUAUUAGCAGUGCCGCUGGUAUGAAGCGAAAGUCCCUCAGUUUGCAGGUCAAAUUUCAACUGGACGGUCUGAUGGAUCAACUGAGGAGAACACGGCUUCACUUCAUAAUGUGUUUCUUACCACAAGAGGAUGCAGGUCUGUGCGACGUAAAAUCAACGUCCAAAGGUGCCGAUCUUCUCAGUGUCCCAUUGCUGAGGUCACAGAUAAGGGGAACCGAACUAUUGGAAGCUGUGCGAAUCUACAGACAAGGAUAUCCAGACAGUAUGUUGUUUGGUGAAUUCCGGCGACGAUUUGAAAUCCUGACUCCUGCUGAAAUCAAGUCCAAGGGACCUGUCCUGGAUGAGAAAAAGGCAACAGAGGACCUUCUGGACAACCUUGAUAUCGACUCUGCGGGCUACAGAAUGGGACUGAGUCAGGUGUUUCUCCGUCCUGGUGCUUUAGCUCAGAUAGAGGAUGCCAGAGAUGAGAAGUUGACUGGAAUAAUAGUCGGGCUACAGGCACAAUGCAGGGGAUAUCUGGGAAGGAAAAAACUUAAGCAGCUCAAAAUUCAAACAAUUGCAAUAACAUGCAUCCAGAGAAACAUUAGGAAAUACAUUGCUGUGCGUAAUUGGACGUGGUGGCGCCUUGUUACAAAAGUGUUGCCGCUAUUGGACGUGCAUAGGACUGAAGAGGAGCUCAGAAUCAAAGAUGUUGAACUAGACCAGCUGAAGAUCAAAUUCCAGAAAUUAGAAAAAGAACGCAACGAUUUGAAGCAGAACUAUGACCGAUUGGAAACAAAGUUCAGCGAUAUUACCACCGAUUUAGCUGAAGAACAUGGCACAGCCACCCAUGCAUCUGAAGCUCUUGAAGCAGAAACAGCUGAAAGAAUGAGGCUGGAAAAAGAAUUAAAAGAUCUUAAGACUGCUUACAAUACCCUGCAGCGCAAAAAUGAAAAAAUGGAAAUGGAAUUAAUGGAAGCCCGACUGAGGGCGUCAAGCAUUGAUAGCGCUAUGGAAAGUGAUGACGAUGGCGACAUCAGCGAUUCAGUUUACAGACAGAAGUAUGAAAGAGCCAAGCGAGAGCUUGAGUUUCAGGAGAAAAAACUACAGUCAGAACAUGAAGAAGAAAUGGAUAACCAGCGGGCACUCAAGAAAACCGUGGAUAGAAAACUUGCUGAAGCCCUGGAAGAAAUAGAAGAUCAAUGCCGUAUUGUGAGCAAUCUGAAAAAGAAAUCGUCAAGACAGGCAGGGGAGCUUCAGGACAUGAAACUACUUCUCGAGUCUCAGCAAGCAAGAAAUGCUGCGUUGGAGAAAAAACAAAGAAAAUUUGAUGCUGAACUUGGCCGGGCUCAUGAUGAUGCCAAGAUGGAGAAACAAGCAAAGGAGAAAGUACAGCGAGAGAAGGAACACCUGGAAACUGAAAUUUACACAUUAACAAGCCAAUUAGAUGAGAAAAGAAAUGAAAUAAUUCACUUGGAUGAUAAAGUAGACAAUUUACAAACAGAGCUUCGUGAUCUCACAUCAAGGGGUGGGAAGGACGAAACUGAAAAACUGGACCUCAAGAGAUUUAGGCGUGAAUUGGAAGCCAAGCUUCAAGACCAGGAAGAAGAGUUAGAUGAGCAAGCCGGACAAGUGCAAAUGUUAGAACAGGCUAAGUUACGUCUAGAAAUGCAAUUACAAAACAUUAAACAGGAACAUCAAAAAGAAUUAGACGCCAAAGAACAAGAAGUAGAAGAUGUCAGAACGAACAGUCAAAAGAAACUUAAACAUUUAGAAGCCCAACUUGACGAAGAGUACAGCGAGAAACAAGCAGCUUUAAAAGAAAAGAGGGAGAUUGAGCGGCAGCUGAAGGAGAGGCAAGAUGUGUUUGUCAGGAGUGAUAAAGAUACAGAGAGACGAUUGAGAAAAGAUUUGAAGAAAACGAAAGCCUUGCUUCGUGAUGCCCAGAUAAUGUUAGAUAAACAAAAGGAGUCGGCUGUGAACAAAGCCUCUUUCAAACAAUUACAGAACGAGCUUGAAGAGUCACAGUUCAUGUCCCAAGCCGCUGUGAAGUCUAGGAAGGGCAUCGAAGAAGAGCUAGCCGAUCUUCAACAACAGUUGGACUAUGUCUCAAAAUCCAAAUCAGAAGCAGAACAAAAAAUGAUCAGUGUGACCAGAGAAAGAAACGACUUGCAGUGUAAAAUAGAUGACCAGGAAGAAGAUUUCAGUGAAUUACUUAAAAAACAUAGGGCUAUUGUGCACCAGGCAUCGCAGUACCAACUACAGAUUAAUGAUCAUCUCACCCAGAUAGCUGAGUUGUCUGGAGAGAAGGAAAGCUUACAAGAGAGGGUAGCUGAGCUGACCAUGAAAGUUAAUAACUACAUAGAAACCACUGUGGACAGAAGCCAAGUGGUGAGAUUUGAAGGAAAAUGCCGUGAUUUGGAUAGUCGACUGGAGUUAGAACUAUUGCAUAAACAACGACUUGAGGCCAACCUGUCUAAGCUAAAGGAUAGCAACGAAAAAUUAACCAGUGAAAGAGACUCGUACAAAUCAAGCGAACAACAAACGCAGGAACUCAAUAGGAAGUUACAGAGACAGCUGAAGGACCUGCGAGACGAGUUCUUUGAGUUACAGAGGAAAGAGGAUGACGCAACCCGCAAGAAAAUAGAACUGGAGAGGCAAGUGGAGGAAGCAGAAAGUUCUCAAGAGGUACUACAAUCUGACUUAAAACUGGCGUUUAGGCGGAUACAGGAUUUACAGAAUGCUUUAGAAGACCAGUUAGAUGCAGAUAGUGAUAUGGAUGACAGUGAGGAUGAGAGUGAUGAAGACAUCGAUACUUGGUUAGCACGGCAUAAACGCACUCCAUUAUCAAGAGACAGAGACGACAGCAUUAGUUCUGUUGACUCGCCAUUGAAAUACACUAGUCGGCGGUCACCUGAAGGCGUUGAUGAUAGCUACAAUAGCCUGGAGACGCACAAGUCGCACACGGGAUCAGGCUUAAUGCAUCGCAGGUCAUUUACAUCAGGAUCUGAAGCCGAUCUUGAGUCUGAUGUUAUGACGAGUACUAGCAGUUGUCGAUACAAGAAAUACAACGAUGAUGAUAACAGCACACCAGCUUCAUUGAGAAGUCGAUUUGGCAGUUCAGAAGAUGAGACCGACAAAUCUACACUUGGCAGCCGAGACACUGAUCUAAAAUCAGACAUUUUAUCCCCAGUGAACAAUAAAAAACAUUAUGAUUUGCUUGACACUAUGACAGAGGAAUACGUAUAAUCUCCCUUUCCUAGGUUCAUAGUGUAAGGGUUCCGCCUUACGUCAUGAAUCGUGGACCAUCCAAGUUGAAAGUGUGGUGAUGCAGCGCUAUCAAAAUGCUGUGCUCGUCCCUGCUAAGAGCCCUCUAGUGAGCAACUCCGGAAUUUCUUUUGUUUUUAAUUUGUAAGUUUCAGCACUAUAGCUCCAGAGGGCGUGACACUGCCAAAGAAUUGGAUGAACUUGACUAACAAAGCAAACAUCUUUCACUACAGCUUGAUCAAAGCAAAGUUCCUGUCUUUUUGAUACCAAAGUAAAUCUUCAUUAGAUUCCUAUCAUACUAUCAAAAAGGUGCUACCUUUCACACGUACUUAAUAUACAUCAAGUGCUAUACUGCUACAUAAUGAUAUGCCAUCUUUCUUCAGUUCUAACAUUAUCGGUAAUGAAUCAUUUUGUUUGUGUCACUUUUUUGGGGAAAGUUGUACUAUUUAUUUGAACAAACCUAUAAACCUAUAAUUUAAAAAAAUAAAACAUGGCCUCUGAAGAGUGAUUUCAAUUGUAACAAUUUAUUCUGAGGUAUAAAUGAAAACCUUGUGGGUACAUUUGGGAAAAAGUAACAACCCCAUUUGCGGAAAGCAGUCUACAUUGUGAAUUUCUUUCACAUUUAAAAAAAUAAUAAUACUAUUAUGCUCACAAAAUGUUCCCAUCCCAGUAUCAUCUUUCCUGUUACCCUCGCAAUCAACAUUUCGUAUUCGAAUAUCUGCCUGACAAUGGAUCACAGACAUCUGUAUAUUCGUGGAAUAGACGUGUUGUUUUGACUGCAAAGUUGCAGCAUUGAACUUUAUAUGGAAUAUUUAAGUAUUCAGUAACUUUUUAACUUUAUUGGAGUGUAAUGUUUUGAUCUUCAUGGGUUAUGCAUUUGACUACAAGCAUGUCCGAAACUGAAUAUUCUCAGUUUAUUUACGCAAUCCAGAUAAACUGCGUCCAUGAUGUUGCAAUGAAAGACAUAAUGUGCUAACCUUUGACCUUACUGUAAAAUAUUCGAUAAUCAUUUCCUGAUCCAAUGUUCGUACAUUCAGACAAAAAGUCAGACGACGGAGGUCAACUACCGUAGCUAUGAACUUGACUGCCUUGUCAUCUGUAGCAGAACUAGCCAACACCCACUUAUAAUGGUGCAUUACAUAGUUGAUAUGUAUAUUGCAUACAGUGUUAUUUCUUUGUCAUUUGUAAUUUUGUUCUGUUGUAAACCGAUAUGCAUACUCCAUUGCUAUCUGACAGCUGUCAUGGCUACAACACACCGCCCAACCGCAUAACCAUAACAAAAAACUGACAGUUAUGACCUUUUUUGAAUUGAGUUUGAACCACUUGUGAUUACACUUUUAGUUUUUAAAGGGAAACUAUUCUGCCAUAACUAAAUCCAUAUAAAGAUUUAUUGUCUCAAGAGAAAAUUUCCAAUUAUUUUGUCUAAUUGGUGUUUAUUUGAUUUUUUUGUCACUAAAUAUUUUAAGUAUACAAAACCGGUUUCCAUGCAAUUCUCUGAACAUUGUAUAUACAAAUUGUUUGAAACAUUGACCCACUGACCUGAUGACUGUUGCAAUUAGGUCGUAGAUCAUUGGGUCGAAGCGGCUAGCAUAUCAAAAUAUUUCUAUUUUCUUCUGUAAAUUGAAUAUUUUUUGUUUCCAUGAUAUUUAAUGUUAUCCAUACUGAUAUUAAUUUUUUUUCAUGAUUUUAUUUGUUUGCCAAUUUAUGCAAUGAAUGAGCUUAAAAGUCUGGAACUUAUUUUGUAAGUUGCAUAUAUGGAAAGAUUUAAAAAGAAAUAAAUAUGCU